AAUUUAGCACACAAAGCAUCUCAGUUCAUGGAUAAGAAGUUUCUUAUAAUUCAUCCAACGGCUGAUGAAAAGGUUCAUUUCCAACAUACAGCAAAAUUCAUCAGCCAGCUCAUAAAUGAAAAGGCCAACUAUACGUUACAGAUCUACCCUGAUGAAGGCCACUUUAUUCACAGUGAGGCAACACAGCAGCACCUCAGCCAGUCCCUGGUGAACUUCUUCGAGGAAUGCUUCAGGCUACCAGAACGAGUGUUCGAGGAGGCCCUGGAAGAGGAGAGCGAAGAUGAGGGUUAGCUUUGCCUGAGGCUCAUGUGCCCCCAAUCCUUACUAUCCAUGCUACCUUACCUCCAUCCUGUCCCUGUGCCCAAGCACAACACUGGAAUACAAUUGUCCACAAUAUGCAACUCUUGUCUGUUCUUCUCACCUAAUUGAUUAGUAUUUGGACACCCUGUGUCCGCAAUCUGAACCUGAGACUGCCCCUACAGCAGAUGACGGAUAUAGUCCCACAUCCAUCCUUUCAUCUUCUGCCCUGAAAUCCAAAUGGCCCUUGAGAGAGCCAACAACAAAAUAAAAUGUACUGAUUGAUUCAACUUUACAGCAGGUUGGACUACUGUAGCUCCUUAAAAGCAAAGAAGACGGAGCAUCAGCUUUCACACAGACUUUCAAGCUGUGAGGACAAGGGACACCUUAUAGCACAUAACUUGUGGGCUUGUAUAUUAUUAAAAAUCAGACGCCAGGUGAAGAACACUGGUUAACAGUGUUCAGAGUGUCUGGAAUUGUCGCGAUACAGGAAAUGUUACUAUUUUUAAAGUUGUCAAGAACUUUCAUGUUGGACUGUGGAUGUGUCUAUUGUUAUUACCGUUUGUAAAAUAGCACACAAACAUUCACUCGGAUAUUAGAGAUAUAUUUCAUUUGGUAUUCAUGUUUGCCCUGUUUUUCAUCUCGUACCCUCUAUUUUAUGUUUUUCAGUGAUGCUGGCUAUGUUUAAUACUGUUUUGCAGUUUUAUCAAAUGUUUUUUUUUCAAAAACAGAAGCAUCAACUUGUUUAAGUCACUGUGCCUUACUUUGUCAGAAAACAUUCAACAGUGGGACUUCAUUUAUGAAAUAUAGGUAAUUUUUUUAGGAAUGGUGUGUUUUUGGGAAGUAAACCUAUUAACUUCUUCUCGAGAGUUGGAAGAGAAAAUGUGCCCACUCUUAUUCAAUCAUGAAGCGUAACGACUAAUAGCAAGUGAAAACAGAUAGACUAGCUUUGUGAAAAAAUAGAAAAAUAGCUCCUCUGACACUCUUUUCAGUUGUUCACUUAACCAAAAGUAUAAAAACUACAAGUUGUCAUUUUAUGGGAGAUAAAUAAAAGUGGUAUUUAUCUUUUCAUCUAACUCUCAUGAAGAAAGUGAAUAUGUAUUAUUCCCAAAAUAGCAGCUGUUAUAUUAAAUACAUAUGAAUGAAAUUGAUACUUCUUAAUGUUAGCUAGGCGUAAUUUGUGAUUGACAUACUGAAGGAAUUUUAAAGUUUCACAUACAAAAUAUUCUCUAGAAAU